AAUACGAGAGGCCAUGCUAACCAUAACAUUGUGAGUGUGAUUAGCAGAGAACAGUGGAGCGACUUAGUGGCAGUCAGUGUAUCUGAAGUGUAUUAGUGUAUUUCAGAAUCCUUCAUAACAAGUAGUUGUGCAACUGCAGCUAUUGAUCUGAUACCCAACAAACACAGUUCAAUAUUCUUGGAUACAGAAUCAUUUGGUACAAAUGGCUGUCUCUUGUCCUACACAAGCUUUGCCUGAAACAUUUGCCCCGGAGUUUGACAUGGACAAUAUUUCCUUGUAUGAACCAUGUGAUAUUAAACUGGAAAAAGUAUCUGACUGUGCGAUGGGAGAAUCUGAUGUCUCGUGCAUCAGCAACAAGACUUUUAUGGAUUUAACGGAUUCUUUUGACGGAUUCAAGCAAGAAUAUGCCUGCCCAUUUGAGGAGAAAAACAUGAAAAGCUGGACGGAGAAACACCCCGAGCAUUGGAACAACAACGAGGUGUUGGACUGGAUCUAUUUUGUGGCUGCUGAGAAUCAUCUCGAUGUCGCCAGACUACGAGGAGAAAAUUUCCAGACAAUUACGGGACAGAAGCUUUGCCAAAUGACCCAACAGGAUUUCAUUGAAAAGGAUCAGGAAUAUGGUUUCUACUACUUCGAGCUGUUCCGUCAAAUCUUUAAUGAAGCUAAAUUCACACCCCCAGCGUCAGUCGACCCGACUUCUUCUGACAGCAGUAGUCUGAAUUUCCCCAGGGAACUGUUUUCCUAUCCACAAACGAUAGCUGAUAUAGAGGUUAACGAUGCCCAAACCAGUGAAAUGCUGGAUAACAACCUCGAUACCAUGCUCGAAAUCCAAGAUGGCGUUCCCAAGGUAAACAUCGCCGGCGCCUGGUACGACUUUGAUGAUGAUAUGGAUAUUCAGAUGGAUCGAACGGAUCAGGGAUACAUCAGUGGAGAAGCUGAAAGUGAAUGUGAUUCCCGGCUUCCGUCUCAGCUGUUUUCUGACGAAGAGGCUGAGGUUGUAGUCAAAAAGGAGCCGAAGAAGAAAACGCCAUCACGGCGAUCUCACGGCAGCACUUCCUCCAGUGAGGGCUGUGAGAGUGAGGACGGGAAGUCAAACAGGGGCAGGAAACAUGGCCAAUGCUCAAAAGGUAAUCAUUUGUGGGAAUUCAUCCGCGACUUGCUGAAGGAUCCCCAGCUCAACCCCAGUCUGCUCAAAUGGGAGGAUAAGGAAUCCGGAGUAUUCCGAUUCGUCCAAUCAGAAGCUGUAGCUCAAAUGUGGGGAAGGAAGAAAAGCAACCCGGGAAUGACAUACGAGAAACUGAGUCGAGCAAUGAGGUUUUGCAGAUCCGCAAGUUAUUUUGCUGGUGUGCCCAAAAAUGGGAAAUUCCCGAAGAAAUUGUGUUUCCGGUUCGGCCCAAAAGCUUUCGGUUGGAAAGCAGAGUAAACUGGGAUCGCUUAGGUAUUACUACAAGCGAGGCAUACUUGACCGUGUCGACGGCCGAAGACUCGUGUACAAGUUCGGCUCCAAUUCCCAUGGUUGGAAGGACUGAUGUCACACAUUGCUUGUGUGAAUCUUUCCAGUGUACUUCCCAAAGUACCAAAUCGAACCCAUUACCGAGCUGGUGUCUGUGACAGCUACUCACCACGUGACGAUGUUCCAUGCUGUGGAAACCGAGAGAUGUAGCCAUGGAAACUCCAACAGGACAUAGUCCAACGUCCAUGAAGCUCGUGCGUCUCUAAGCUAGACAUGAGUGUUUGGCUUUUCAUAGCUACUCGCGUGAGACAUUAUUGAAGAUGUUUCCGACGGAAAUCAUUGCAUAAUAUGACUACAAACGUGCAAUUUCCUCGUAAUCCUCCUUACAUAUUGA